AUAAAUUAGAACAAACUAAAUUAGAUAAUGAUUUAAAUAUUAAUUCUAUCAUAGAAAAAGGAAGUAGUAAGAAUUACUUUAAACGAAAGAAAGAAGAAAAUCAAGAACCAAGAAAAAAAGCAAAAGUAGAUAGUUCUUUUUAUGAUACACAAUUAAGAAGUUUAAGUAGUAGUUAUUAUAUUUGGGGAAAUUUUGUUAAUUAUUUUGAUAUUCAAUUAUGUUACUUUUGUAAAGAGUAUCUUAAACAUGAAUCAUAUACUGAUCAAGAAAGAAGACGUGAACCAGCA